AUGCGCACACUACUUAAGGAAGUCCAGGGGAUCGACUGGGGCGAUGCGGCUAUUAUGAACUGUAAAUGGAAGGGCCCCAGAUUGAGGGACGUUCUACUUCGAGCUGGGGUGACGUCGAGCCUGGAUCGGGACUUAUAUGUUGCGUUUUCGUGCUACCAGGUACAAUGUCAGGAGGAUGAUUGGUUUGGUAGUAGUGUGGAGUUGAAGAGGUGUCUGGAUGAGGAUAUGGAUGCUAUUCUUGCUUUGGAGAUGAACGGUUCGCCGCUCACACCGAACCACGGCUAUCCGGUCCGAGUGGUCCUCCCCGGCAUUGCGGGUGCUAGGUGGGUCAAGUGGCUCGAUCGUAUCACUGUGCAAGACCAUGAGUCGUCGAAUUUCUACCAGCAGCGCGAUUACAAGGUUCUGCCGCCGGAUGCGGUCGAUAGUGCUUCGGCGGAGCCCUAUUGGGACCGCACACCUGCUAUGUGUGAUAUGCCUAUUAAUUCGGUUGUGGCGGUGCCGGGCGAUGGGGAAACAGUUCAUCUUUCAGAAUCGAGUACUCUUGAGGUGAAAGGGUAUGCGGUGCCGCAUGGCGCGGACGGUCCGGUUACGGGUGUGCAGGUUUCCGCCGAUGGAGGCCAGACAUGGGUGGAUGCUGAGAUCGAGGGUUCUUCUCUUGAGAGAAAAUGGUGUUGGGUUUUGUGGAGAGCGAAAGUCAGGGUUGAGAAAGGAACUGGAAAGCAGGUUCUGAGUCGUGCAUUUGAUAGGGGUGGAAAUGUGCAGCAGGAGCAUUCGCAAUGGAAUCUGAGGGGUGUGGGAUAUAAUGGAUAUGGAAGGGCAAGUGAUCUUAUCGUUGUUUAG